CCCGCCUGAGCCCUGCCGUGCUGAUCCGUGUCGUGCCAUACCGAGCUGUGCCGGCCGGAACCGAGCCGUGCCAACAGCGUGCGCUUCGGGAGAGAGCCGAGCUUGCGGCGUUCCUGCUUUUUUUUUUUUCUUCCUUUUUUCUUUUUCCUCUUUUUUCACCUUUUCCUUUCCCGACCGGGGAAGUUUGCUGCCCGGCUUCUCCCCCGCUUUCUCCUCCUCCGUUCGGCCGCUGCCCGCGCCCCGACGGGCCCCCCUCGCGAGCCCCGGCCGCCCCCCGCGGCGGGGUGCCCCCCGGCCGCCGCCAUGGCCAAAGUGGCGGCGGAAAGUUGCGGGGCGGCGGCGGCCGAGGACCUGUCCAAGGUGUCGGACGAGGAGCUGCUCAAGUGGAGCAAGGAGGAGCUGAUCCGCAGCCUGCGCCGCGCCGAGGCCGAGAAGAUGAGCGCGAUGCUGGACCACAGCAACCUCAUCCGCGAGGUGAACCGCCGCCUCCAGCUGCACCUGGGCGAGAUCCGCGGCCUCAAGGAUAUCAAUCAGAAGCUGCAGGAAGAUAACCAAGAACUGAGAGACCUUUGCUGCUUUCUGGAUGAUGACAGGCAGAAAGGCAAGAAGGUGUCCCGUGAGUGGCAGAGAUUGGGCAGAUAUAGCGCGAGCGUUAUGCACAAAGAGGUUGCCUUAUACUUACAGAAGCUGAAGGAAUUGGAGGUGAGACAAGAAGAAGUGGUUAAGGAGAACCUGGAGCUGAAAGAACUGUGUGUGUUGCUGGAUGAGGAGAAGAGUGGUGGAGCGGGCAGCCGGAGCUCUAUUGACAGCCAAAUCAGCCUAUGCCAAUUAACUGCAACGAGUGCUUACAUAAGAGAUGUCGGCGACGGCAGUAGCACUUCUAGCACGGGAAGUACAGACAGUCCGGAUCAUCAUAAACAUCAUCCAAGUACUAGUCCAGAACAUCUCCAAAAAACUCGGGGUGAAGGAAGCCCUGAGCAUCAGAAGCACAGGAGUAUCAGCCCCGAGCACCUCCAGAAGCCAAGGGGUUCUGGCAGUCCUGAUCAUCACCUGAAAGGACCAAGUCCAGAGCAUCACAAAACCAUUGUCAAAGCACCUGAACAACAAAAGCACAGCAGUAGCAGUCCAGAAACUCUCCCAAAGCAUGUUUUGAGUAGUAGCCCUGAACACUUUCAAAAGCAGAGGCCUGGUAGCAGUCCUGAGCAUCAAAAGCACAGCAGUAGCAGCCCAGAUCAUCUUCAAAAGCACACACAGAGCGGAAGUACAGAACAUCUCCACAAAGUGAGGGGUACGAGCCCUGAGCAUCUCAAACAACACUAUGGAGGGAGCCCGGAGCAUCUCAAACAUCUCAGCGGAGGCAGCAGAGAAGGUACCCUCAGGAGACAAGUAACAGAUGACCUCUCCCCUCACCACAGAAGUAUAUACAACGGAAUGAAUGAUCUCCAGCCACCAAGACCAAAGGCUCUGCAGUCUUAACUAAACAGCAGAAGAUACCAGAAUCAAUGUCUCCUCCAGGUACAGUGCAGCCCAGAAUUGCAUCAUGAUGCAGAGGAAGCAGUAGGCUAUUGAAACUCAGAGGAAAAAGCCUGGAAUGGGAGAUGAAAGUGAUUAGUAGAUUGUUGCUGUCUGGAGCGAGAAGAAUUCGGAUAAUGUUCGUGUUCAGUCUGUUAGGAAAUGCUGUUUCCCAGGGAACCAGGAGCAUCUUCAUUCCAAACACUUGAGUCUUAUAGUGCCUGUGUCCUUACCAGCAGUGCAGUAUCCAGGUACCUCGGGGGGUGAGCAGGGGGGUGAGCGGUUGUGUGAGCCAGAUGAAGUGUAAACCAGCUAGCUGCUUGACUCGUCUUGCUAGCAUGGCUGUUGAUACAGGGGUUUCUAAGUACUAAAUCUGUGUCCUGUUCUGUUUGGUGAAAUGCACUGGGAAGGGUUCUGGAGAGACACUUCCUUUACUGCUCCAGGAAUCUGACUGGGAAUUUGGGGAGUACAAACCUGAGAACACUCAAUUUUUUCCACACCCAGAGAUGCUUGUUGCAUAUAAGCAAACGUAAGUUUCUCUAUUUUAAUGGUGUAAAUUAGAAGUAGUUCUUUGACUUACAGGUUGCAUGACCAUUCUCUCCUGAUGUAGACACUGUCCCUUUUAGCAACCCAGAUGUGUUUGUAGCUCAGGGCUCAGUCCAGGUGCAGGUCUGCUGAGGGACCCCAGGAUUCAGCUGGCAUGGGGCUGUGCUGCCCAGUGGUCUGUGCGGCAUCACGCUGCCAGGCGGGGAGUGCCUGGGGUAAUGGGCUUGCAGAGAGUAGGUGCUUGUUGCCCUGGUCCCGCAGGAGCAGACGAGCAUUUGUCCUUCUGUGUACCUGUCCUCUGCUCCCUGAUGAGCUCCUGGCAGCUGCUUCUGGGUUGUGCCCAAAGCUGAACGGAUUCUGGUCUGUGUCGUCCUGCGCUUCCCCCUGCUCCCAAGUGACUCUCUGCUGACUGGGCUUCCAUUCUGCACAAGGAGUUUUUCUGAUCUACAACUGCUGGACAGACAGAUGUCAGUCUGGGACAACCUGGUGGAGAGCAAUUGGAUCAAAUGAGCAAAGCGCAGGCUUUGUGAGAGCCACGUGCCAGCUCCUCCUGGAAAUCAGCGGAAGGGGGACCCAGAAGAUUGCUUGUAAGGCACAGGACACAUCAAAGUCAGCUACUGACGGUCAAGGAGCAGCAGGCCUUGGUGUGAAAUUGUGGAAUUCUGAUAUUUAAACUUUCUAAUGGUUCUCUUAAAAUAAUAUUGAUUAUCUUUAUUCUUCACAUGAGAAUAAUUAUUAGAUCAUGUGAUCAUGUGCAAAAGUGAUUUUUUUUAAAUGUUGGCUUUUUUGCAUGUGUAAAGUUAGAAGAAUGCAUACUAUUUGUGGUUCUUCAUUUAAGCAGCUCAUUCUUUUGGGUUUUCCUUUUUUUUUUUUUUUUUUACUACCUCAGUUCUGCAGUUUAGAGGCUGGGCAUGAUCAGAGUUUUAAAAGCAAAUACCUUCUUGGUAGGGAAGAGUUUAAUUUGGGGCUAGAGUAAGGUGAUGGAAACAAGAUGUUGGGAAGUGGCAGAAGACAGCUGACGUCUCUCACUGGAGGAAUCAUGAUGUUGAAGUGAAGUCGUGCUUGAAAUGAGAGGAAGGGCUGGAGGUGGCAUUUGAGGACGUAGUCGCGUGGGUUUGGCUGGCUGGAGGGGCCCUGCCUGAUGACAACCCUCCUGCAGCGGUGGCAGUCAGACUCAGUUUCUGGUCCUCACAAAGGGAACUGAUACAGGCAUGAUGGUCUCAUGGAGCUGAGACCUCGAUAUCUGCAAACAGCUGUGGACGUGCUGUUAACCUGAGUAAGCUCUUACACCUGUUGGAAGUGCCUGGAUGUUAUUUACAACUUACCAGUAGUUCUCAAAACAAUUUACCGAGGAAGCAAAUACUGUGGUCUUCACCUUGUGCAUGAACGAACAAUGGGCUGAACAAAUGACAAGACAGGAUCAAUCAGCCACCAGCUAAACCUUAAAUCCAGAUUUCCUGCAUUUUAGCUACUGGUUAUUUCCAUUGCAUCAUACCAGUUUUCUAACAGCUUCUUUCUCAGUCUGUUUUGAGUGCGGCAUAAGAACUGGGGCUGAGGUUACUCAUGUACCUAGAAAACACCUUAGCGAACAAUUAGCUUGAUACAAACACUUUCAAUGUGUUUCCUUUCAAAAUCAAGUCUUAAGGCAACCUGUUUCCUUCCUUCCUGAAUUUCAUGAAUUAUGCUAACCAGGCCAGUGGGGAUCAAAGCUAUUUUUAAUUUUUUGUGUGUGUGCAGUAGGCAACCUCUAUGAUGUUAAUGUAUCUCUUGCAUUUACAGGGUGUCUGAAAUCUCUCCUUCAACAUAGUGACUUGCAAUAAAUCCAAACUGAGGAAAAAAUGGAGUGCUGUGAUAGCUGUACUAAGGAAAUUUUUCUGCCUUUUUUGGCACGUUUUUAAUGUUGCAAGAUGGGUGUGUAGCUGUAGUCGUCUUCAUUUAGGAAAUAAAGAUGCUGAUAUGAAUCUGAGGUGUUACCAGCUGGGGAUUUUAGUCAACUAGUCAGGUACAAUCAAAAGGAAUAUUCAUCUUUCGUCAAAAUAAAAUUGAAAAAAAAAGCUCUUUCACUUUAAAAAAAAAAAAAAAAAAGGGGGGGUGAGAGGAGGGAAUAUUGUGGCAAGAUGUUCCUUUUUACCCUUAGUGUCAAUCCAUAGUGUGUCAGGGAACGUGCCAGGGAACAGGGGAAGUGCUAGUGAGAUACAGAUCUCCCUGACAGGCCUCAGAGUAUGAACAUCUGCGUGACUUGGCAGAAGUGGGAGAUAGGAUCCUGGUGAACUAGUGCAUUUUUGAGACUUCUGGCUGAAUGCCCUUUUCUUCCAGUGGACUCACUUCUAGCAGGUAGAUGGUUGCUGCUGCUAUCCUUCAAGUCCUGCAGCUUGAAAUGUUUACCCGAAGUCACAUGUAGGAGUGGCUGGGUUUGAGGCAGGCUGGGUGAUGUUCUCGCUGUCUGCCAAAAGAUGGAGGCUUCCAGCACAAAGUAACUGUAGCGUGGUCACUUCUAGAAAUUGUGAAUGGCACCGAUUGGAAUUCAGUGCAGGAUUUUGAAGCUUUGUCGUAAUGCCCACUCGGCGGGGAACCAGGCUCUGACAUUGCAAACUGACAGCCUGAACGUUUCCAUCCUGUGAUAAGGGACAACAGCGCUACGGUAAUGGCUCUUGCCAUGAGAGUGGGAAGUUCCUGCAGUUACAGCAGCUUCCUGCCAUCCCAGUAUUGAGUUUUUAAUGGCAUUUCUUAUGCUGAGCUGUGGACUGAGUGCAAUUUGAUGGUUGAAACUUGUCCAGAGAUUAAAGGAACACUGGCACUGUUACUAUUUUAAUCUUACUUGUAAACUAGAGCAAACGUCAGGUUGUGUGUCCUAGGCGUGAUUUAGCAACCUUCUAGUCUUUUAAUUAUCUCCUUCUUAAUUAGAUUGGUCUGAUUAUAUGGUACUUGAAAUAAGUGCAUGUUCUUAAGUUCUUGGGGCAGUAGCUUGUGGGGAAAAACUUUAUUGCUUUUCAUUUAACAGGUGUUUUGUCUUUAAUGCUGAAAUAUGGGAACAUAUGGUGCUUUUUCUGAUGUAGCACUUGUCUAAGUAUCUUUGCUUUAAAAAAUUUUUUUUGCAGAGCUGUAUAAUUUUCUCCUGUAAAGCCAUUCC